AUGACUCUGUCGAACGAAAUCGGUUCUUUCAAGGAGAAGGGGAUGUCGGAAGUUCUGUUGAACGGAGCGACAGCGCGAGUGAACGAGGAAGGAGCGAGAGCGAACGGUUACCGAUUCGAGAGCGCCGAAGGACUUGAGGAAUCUUACUGGGCCAAUAUCGACCAUGCCGCUGUUGAGCUCUUUGAGUGCACCCUUACUAGUGGUGAUGGGUUGGUCUCGCCGGCAGACUACAUUCACCACAUCAACAUCCCCCGGGGAAACCACUUGGCUCACCAAGCAUCUAUCAUCAGCGCAGCAUGA